AUGAUAGAUCUCGCCGAUCUGAUCCUCUCUGCGCAAGAGCUGGUGCAUGACGUUGGUCGAUCCGUGCAGUUUCUUCUGCACGGUCUCGUUUUGUUUGCUAUUGUAUAUGUUAUAUUUUAUUCAACCGCCUCGCUCAGGGCCGGCUUCGAUCACGAGCCAGCCGGUCGUUAUCGGAGAGAGGUAGAGACAAAGAAAGAGUCUGCUACCCGCAAAUCUGCGAUAAAGUCCGGGGCGAGCAGUGUCAAACCCGAAACAAGGAAAGAGGCUGCUACUCGUCGUGCCGAGUUCAGAGACAAUACGGCUACCCAACCGGCUGCAAUACCUGAAGAUUCGCUGAGCGAGCUUACGCUCUUAGUCAAGAAAAGCUUUGAUUUGCUAGGAUAUCAACUACGCGAACAAGCUGGUGAGAUUUCUGGAAGAUCGUCGGACGGAUUCAGGCAAGUCAAUGAGAACAUACACCGGCGGCUUCAGGGCACGAACGCAGUCCAGAGCGACUGGCAUCUACGACAGCAAAUCAAGGAUUCGUCAAAUCGAAUCAUGGACGAGAUAAGUAUUAGCCAAGAAGAUUUGGUUGAGGUUUCCAUGUCAAGAUUCGCAAGUAUGAAGAUUCAUAUGGAUCAGCUUACCGAGAAGGUGUCCACCGAGAUCAAAGAAUCCCGGACUGCGGUUGCAGAUAUCGUCAAUUCACUCAACGCGCAAAUGUCAAAUUACCCGACCGAAGCAGCAGCAGUGCUUUUUGGCGCCAUAAACGAUCUGAUAAAGUGGACAGAGGAGAACGCCAAAAAGCGCGCCGAAGACACAAACCGCAUUGUUACGUCAUACGGGAUAGCUCUUGUUGAUUUCAUCCAGGAGGUCUCGGCAUGGCUUGCCAAAGUGAUUGAGAGUGCUCAGGAUGUAAUCGUCAAACGUUUGUUGUGGUUGGAUGAGCAAGCCAAGCGACGUGAUGAGAAGAGCAGCGAGCAGCUUGAACAGCUCAAGCAGUUGAUAGAGGAACGAGAUCGUCGGUUAGACAGAAUUGAGGAGUUGCUCGUUACGGUAAUCAACACUUCUAGAGGUCAAGAUGGUACGCCACUGGUCGCAAGGAAGAUCAGCGCAGGAACGCCUACCAGCAAUUCUCCAGAGACUACAGACGCGGCAGGCAAAUCACCUUCCAAAGCCCGCGUUGCUUCGCGGACUCCCUCGGGUAGUAGUGGAGGAGCCUCUACGCCUGUAUCUGGACAGAAAGCCCCAGCAGAUGCCGCGAUUGUUUCUCGAUCUCCCGUGUCGACUGAUAAAGCAUCCACUGUUGGCGAUAGAGCGCCUUCGCCGGAAAAUGCAAAGUCUAUCUUAAAGGAGGUACUGGCGGGUGCCAUACAACGGAAGGAUAAAGCUGCGAAGCCGAGUGUUGUGGAUACUAAUGCUCCGGACAGCCAAGCUCGCGCUUCCUCGUCUUCAAAGGCCAAGCAGCUCAUCGAUCUGACUAUGCCAGCUAUGCCACCUGGGCUGAUUCCUGCAGUGCCUAUACCAAAAUCACAGCCUCGGAAAUCCAGUGGCACUGUGGAGUCUCCAGAUGACGCCACAAAAGACAAAGCCCAGUCAUCCAAGCAUGUACAGUACAAGCUCGAUUCCGAGCCUGAGCUGUUGCAAGUCCCGAUGAACCCGUUUGACAAAGCGGGGAAGAAACCGGCUGCUCCGACACAGCGAUCGCGACGCUGGAAACUUGAGAAGGAGCAAGCAUUGCAGGCGCGUCUGGAGGAAGCUAAGCGGUCUUCAUAG